AUACUUGACGUAACAAUGUCAGUCACUACCAAAAAGAAGCACGUGACGAAGGAGGUCCUGGAGGAAUAUCCCUUGCCAGAGGGGAGCCGACAAGUGGUCAAGGUUGUGGCGUCCAGAGGGAACAAUUUACACGAGGUUGUGACGAGCCGAGGGGAGAAGUUCCUGGUGAGCAUGCCCUCCAAGUUCAGGAAGCACGUGUGGAUCAAGAGAGGAGACUUUAUCCUGGUGGAACCCAUCGAAGAGGGCGACAAAGUGAAGGCAGAGAUCUCACACAUCUUGUUCAAGGAGCAGAUAAAACACAUACAGGAGCAAAACUUGUGGCCGGAGGAGUUCUCAGAGAGAUCGGCGGCCCCGCAGAAAGGAUGGAUCCCGGAGGACCUCCUGCCCCCCAGUGAGGACGAGAGUGAGGAGGAUGGGGAGGACAGGGAGCUGGGUGAUCUGUGCAUCAACGUGAACCGCGUGUGUAUACAGCAGUGGGAGUCCGAGUCGGAGGAUAGCUGCUCCGAGGAUGAGGAGGAAGAGGAUGAGGAACAGGAAGAGGCAGAGAAGGACGAGAAUGAAAGUAAGACUGAGAAAUGAGACGGGUCUGCGGAUUUGUAGUCGGCAAGCAGUCUUCUGAAUCAUCGCACAGCUGUACCAAGGUGGUUGUGGAGGAGGAUGAGACAAUGGCCGUCUCUGAAUAUAAAGCGUCAGCUGACUGUUGCGGUCCCGAUGAAACCUGUUCUGGACAGUGCAGUGUCUCUGACAUUGGCAGUGGAACAGAGGAAUAUUUCUCCAUGAGCGGUGGUGAGAGGGGCUGUCCGCUCUUAUUCACUCCCAAGUACGCUGUUACUGGUGCAGUUACAGUGGGGUAUAAGAGCUUGGUUGUGAAGGGAGUCUCGAAAUAAUGGAGACAGCAGGGCUGCCAGCCGAUCUCCAUGGCUAUUAGUAAUGACCUUGAAGAAAAUUAGUAAUUUCCCAUAAAAAUUAGUUAAAGUACUCUCAUUUUCAAAUUACGAACAAAAAUAUGUCUUAAUUACGCAAAAAUAGGGCUUAUCGAAAAUUAAAUAACUGUGAUGGCCAAAGUUUUUCUUUAAACUCAACUUUUAAAUCACAAAAUGGUAGAAUAGAUGACUGAUGUAAUGGAUUUAGGGCAUUCAGGCUCUGGUGACAGUAAUUUGUUUAUAUCAAGGAUUUCUUGCCAAAUCUAUUUCCAUCCUCAAGUCCAGAACAACAUAUUUACACCGUCCUUAAAUUCACAACAAGUAACAUAGUCCAAUCCACACUAUACGUCUUUACAUACUCUAUCUACACUGUACAUGUAGGCCCACGACCUAAUCACUAGCCAGGCUGACCUUCUAUUUACGGACUAUUUACAACGAUAAUUCAAGGGUUAAGCCUUUGAAUUCAAAGAGAGCAUGCAAGCCUUCUUUGCCCGGCUCAAUUGCUCCUUUGUGAAUUUGGCCUUGUAGCACACCUCCUCUCUUGACGGCAUUCUCACUCUCUGGACCAUCAGGGACGAGAAGAUUUCUGUAGACAUUGAGGCUCGGAAUUCAGUCUUGGCCUUCCUCACCAAACUGAACACUCUCUCACAUCCUGCAUUGCUGUGUGGGAUGACACAUAGUCCCAGCAUGGCCGUGGGUAGUAUCUUGUACUUUGGCUGGCCAUCAACACCAGUGAGUUGAGAGAUCAGAUGCCAGGCAACAUCCACUCUUUCAGUUUUGCAAACUGAUGGGUUCAGCUUAUCUGUCUGAUACUUAGAAAACUCUAUCUCCAGAUUGUCUCUCUCUUCAGCUCCAAUCAGGCAUGGAAAUUUCCUGACAAAAUGUUCAAGUGAGUUGUAGGACUGUUCCAUCCUGGUCUUCACAUCAAGGACUUGGGCAUGAGCAAGGCUUUUGUCUUGCAGUGGAAGCUUUUCAGAAAUGUAGGUGCAUGCCUCUGAAAAUAAAGUCGAACUUCAUUAACACUUUACCAUAACAUGGAAACAGUGAAAAACCCUUGGCUCCACAUACCAUUGAGGUGAAUCACAAGAAAAUUAGGGUAGCUCAGAAAUAUGUUUAUUUCUUUAUAACCAGAGCAUGUACUGACAUGAAAUUUUCAGGAUGGUCAUAAAAGAUAACAAGCUAUCGGACUGCGAAAAAAAAAUCUUGUUACAUAACAAUGGCGGCCAUUUUGAAAAUGAUAAUAAGCAGUUGACCAAAACAUACCCCAAAAAUUGCCUUCCGACCCAUCUACAUAGGACCCAAACACACCAAAUAAGACACAUAAUACACCAGAAUGUUGAUUUGACCAUCCAUCUCCAAUAAUAUCCCGAAAAAAUUAUGAAAAGACGCAUUUGGCAGUUGACGAGAGGCAUUGUAAAAAGGUACCAGAGUGACCGAAACGGAGGUCAUUUCAGAGCCAGAGGGUGUGUCAGCAAAGAGCGUUUUUCUCAGUAACGAGGAAAUGAAAGUCAAUAAAAUUACACACACAAUUAGAAAAUUGAACAAACUUUUAGAUGACGCUAAGAAAAUUAUUAUAUCUCAUGAACAUGGCGGCCAUUUUGAGUAAUAAUUAGCUAUUUCUAAAAAAAUAGCAAAAAAAAAUAGUUUUACACUCAAAAUAUAAUGUUCAAAUACACUAACCAUUCAACAGUUUUUUGCAAAAAUGUUCAUUUGAAUAUCCCUUUUCAGAAUAAACAAAAAGAAAAUGAUGAAAAGACACAUUUAGUAGUUGACGAGAGGCAUUGUUAAAAAGUACCAAAAGUGACGAGAACGGAGGUCAUUUCAGAGGUAGAGGGUGUGUCAGCAAAGAGCAUUUUUCUCAGUAAUGAGUAAAUGAAAGUCAAUAAAAUUACACGCACAAUUAGAAAAUUGGAAAUAGGAAUCAAAAGAGACAAUACCCUUGAAUCAGGGCGCAGGGCAAGAAUUAUGGAAUUAGAAUAUUGUCAUGUUGUGACAUUGUAAAAGUUUAGAUGUGUGGUGACUGCGGUGUUUGUUGUGACUUGAUCAUGCAUGUGACAUGUGACUGCUUGGGAAUAAUGUAAAAAAUAUUUUAAAAACCCAACUCGCUGCGACAUUUAUAAUCCAGAGAAUAAUUCACACACAGCACAGAGAAUAUUACACCUCCAGCUGCUGCGGCGCCUGCUUUAUGUCAGCGGCAGUAUGAAAGAUCUUGAAACUCUCUCUGUCCACACAUAGAGCAGUGUUACACUGUGGGCAGUAGUGCCGGGUCUGUGACCACUUCUUGAUGGAGGCACACACCUUACAUACUGGGCGAUGCUUCGGGUCGGCAUACUUGAGAGGAAAAUGGCCGAAUGCUGCUGCGGAGAGUCUGUCGACAGUUGGAUUUUGCUGAGCUCUCGACUUCCUUCGCCGAACUGCCAUGUACGGCUUCACGAGAGCGUCAACCACUGCACACCUAAAGUCUUUCACACUCACCGAACUUUCACUCUGUUGUAAGAUGUGUGCGUUGACCAAGCGAGCGUCUUUGAUGUAGUGCCACAGGGCCAGGUAUCACUUAUAAUUCCUGUGGGGAUAAGAAUAAUUUUUGUGGAGCUGAUCGAAAUGAUCAACUCCACCCAUGAAAGUGUUAUAGUUAUCAGCCAGAACUGGCUUCUCUACCCUCCUGAAUCCUGUGGCUUCCCUUGCAGAACGAAUUCUCUUGUCAACAGUUGUUGGUGUGCACGGUGCUGAGCAGACAGACACGCUUGGUGUCAUGCCAGGCCACCGCGACCAUGUCACCUGACCUGUGGAAAACAGGAUCGUCACCUUUCUUUAGUGGCAGGACAGUUUUCUUGAGAUCGGCAGGAAACCCCCUCCUGUUCUCCAUCACCGUUCCCACAGCUCCUGUUCCUCUCUCCUGUAGACUCAAAAAAAGCGAUGGCGACAAAUAAAAAUUGUCCAUAUAGAAGACAUGCCCACUGUCCAUGUAGUCCCUCAUGAGAGUCUCAAGUAAAUGUUGGGUAAACGAUUUACCUUUGGGGAACGGGGAAAUGGUCCUUGCCGGUGUACAUAACCAGAUCCAGACUGUAGUAGUUUGUAGAAUCUCAGAGGUUGAAACACUUGAAACCCCGCUUUGUGGGCUUAUCCGGCAUGUACUGCCGAAAAUGACACCUACCCUUGAAGCGGGCCAUACUUUCAUCAAUGCUGAGCUCCUUGUGGGGGUAGUAGCACGCUGAGAAUCUGGGUAUGAUGAGUUCCAGCAGUCUCCUGAUCUUCUGAAGAGGGUCGUAACCGUCUGUCCCUCAAGGAAUGUGUUGAUGAACGUCACUAGGACAAAAAAGGGAAAAAACAGAAACAAUAGGAUAAGUAGUUGAUAGAGGAAAAAAUAACACACCUGGAAAUACCUGAAGCACUUUGAUUUGAAUUAGAUUCAGUAUGAUAGUAUGACGCUCAUCUCUUCUGUGUGUUUCUCCCUGCUAGAACUCAGGGAUAGUCCACCACUCUGCUUCUUCAACCUGCAGUGUCAUGACUUUUACAAAUAUUUACCUUUUUUACUAGAUCUACUUUGUCGGGUCCUUUGCCUUCACUCGAGGUUUGGAGUCGAAAUGGUCCUUUCGGCAACGAGCCCAGACAACAGAGUGAAGACACUCGUUCGCAUUUUGUGUGCCAUGCAUUUCACACCUCUUGAGUGGAUGGUCAUUAGAGAGACGCUCUCAUAGAGGCAUUAGAUACUUUUUUAGGCGGGUCUCAUCAAAAGUUUUGACAAGAUUCGCGUGUGGUCCAGGUGGUUUGUGCUGAGCGUGAGCUGAAUUAUAAAAGCACUAGGAUCUAGCGCUUGACGGACAGAAUUGGUGUUGAGGAUUAUUGUCCGUUGAAAACCCAUGGUAAAUGGAAGCCAUUGUGGCCUUUUUCAUUUCAGCUGGUGUUUUGUUUCCGCGGAUUGCUCUGGUGUAAUAAACCUGCAGCUUUUUUAUCGUGUUUGCGGUUAGGCGACCGUAACCACGACCCCCAAGAGUGAAUUUUGUUUUGCAGCAUAGCUGACAACAUUGCGAAGGCCGGUGCCAAGGUGUUUACUCACGUGGUUCACACAUUCCUCCUUAUCAAUGCUAACAUCUGAACCGUAGGGCUGGAGCCGACACAGUUCAGAGAACAUCUUUGUAUCGCCAUCUGAUAAAACUGUUGUGUAGCGAAAGUUGUACAGCUUCACGCUCCGCAUCCAGAGCACUCGACCGGCAUGAACCUCCGUUUCCUGAUGUGCCUGCAAGGCAAAAGACAUUUGUGAAAAGCUUGACAUGGCAAUAAAAUGUGGGUCUGUGGUAACCUGGGAAAAAACAAAUAAAUCACAUAUAUAUAUAUAAAGUUUAAAUACAAUAAAUUUAUACAUUUAAUAUAAUGAAACAGUUUACGGAGGCCUAGGAAAUAUGCAGCCGUCAAUUUGUUUUAUGGGGAAAAGUUUUAAAUACUGUAGUAAAGUUUAUUAUUUGACAGAUUUCAACAAUGUAAUUAAUAAAGUGCUACAAAUACCCUUGAUUAUGUAGUCCUUUAGAAUACUAUGCUUUCAAAUCUCUGAGACUAACUAAUUAAUCUGACGCAAAUCUAAGAGAUAUUUCUCAUAGUUCGUUGCUCAAUAAAACACAAACACAAACUCACCAAAGAAGUUGCUUUUGCAUUCUCCGGAACCAAGGUGUUUUGCCAGCAAAGGGCAGUUUCAGCAAGCUGCUUCCUGGAGCUGCAGGCAUGGCAGAAUGAGCUCAUUACAUGGGUAUCAAUAACGAGGCCGGUCAUUAUGUCAAUGACACCGCCAAUGCCUACUGAAAAAGUAUGGCCUCUGGUCAUCCAUGACCUGUCGUACGAGACAGCUACGUCGAUAAUUUGAUCUACUUGAAGGGACAGGUAAUUUUUCAUGUACCCUGUUCGGACAAAGGUCACUUUUCAUGUACUCUGUACGGACAACAGCUGCAGAUUUAAAGAAUAUAAGUUUCCGCCACUCCGGUGUAAGGCUAUAAUAAGCACGAGCGGGUUGUUGAAACGAGCCGUGGUGGAGGGUAGACAUGUUGAGCUGCUCACAUAGGUUUUGGAAGGAGACAGCACCCAUUCCACAAGACACACUACCCAACACAGCGUCUCUAUUCACUUGGAAAUGGUCGCAGUUACUGUUAUUGUUGCCUGUUGUCACUAGUCCCUGGAGCAAAUGUCUUUCUGGAGCUCCACCAUUUCUGUACCACCACCUCACACACACACAACAAUACAUACUGAACUGCACGGCAAGACCUUUCCUUUGUCGCACAGAUGCAGUGAUACAAGAGUCGUUUUUGCACACAGCGCAUGGAAAGCCAGAAAUAAGGUCACAUAAAUUCUGAAUUUCAAUGAUGGUGUUCCCCUCAUGCUGACCUUCACACACACUUUCUUGAGUUUCUGUAACUUGAUUUAGAUAACUAAGUCGUUUCUCUGCUGUAAUCGCAUUUUUCCGUGGUUGUUUAGGUGGGGUGGGAGCCUUGUCUAGAUCUGUUACAGAUGUCGGAGUAGUAGAAACUUUAGCCCCAGAGCUAGAAGUAACUGGUAGAUCAGGCACGCUACUGUCACUACCACUACUCACGCUACUGCUACUGUCAGUAUCACACAGUUCCUGUCUCCUCGAUGCUCUUGCUUUCUUCAAAUGUCGCCCCAUGCUUCCUUCGAACUGGCAUGAUGCCAGCUUACCGCUUCAAACACAGCAAAAAUAAAUACUGGUCAUCGAUCUCUCCGAGCAAAGGUUGAAACGUGCGUUUGUCACAUCAAAAUACCCUCCGUUUGUUUUUCAACAAGGCGUUAUGACGCUCGCGUUGUUUUUACCGGAAGUUCACCAGGUAUCUACGGCCUAGCGAAUCAGCGCAGACUUCCGCGGCUGCUCAGCGAAUCAGCACACGCAGCAUCAUGUGCUGUUCACGUGAACAGUGGAAUGUAGGCCAAAUGCGGGAAUCUCCUUCGUACAAUCCAAGCUAGGUUUAGUCUCGUAGAAAAAUGGUAUCGGGCUAUUUUGAUGCUACUUGAAACGAGCUUUCCAACGAUACCAAACUCGAUUACUUUUAGUCUGCCGAAAGUAGCGUUGUCAAGGUGUAAAGUUGUCCAAUUUUAGAAAAAAUAGGCUCAUACCCAAAGAUACAGAUACAUUUCAAACCCAUUUUUAUGUCAUUUCUAAACAUUUUUGAUCAGUAAAUAUGCUUGGGACUUUGAGGGAAAUGGGAAAAAAAAAUGUGCAUGGUCAGAGUGAAAAACAUGGAAAAAUGUUCCACGUAGAGGGCCUUAAGGUAAAUCACAAGCUUCCAACUAGAAUCAAGUGUAGGUAGAGAUCCAGAAAAACUUCCAAGUGCAUCAACUGAUGGAGCAUCACCAAGUGCUCAACAAACAUCCAAGCUUUGAAGUAGACAGUUAGACUGAACUUAUCCACAACCCUGCCGAGGUGAUCAGAAUGAUAAACAAUAAUGGCUGCCCCCCCCAAAAAAGGCAUCGUUAGGCUUAAAUGGUACUACGCGUCUUUCGCAUUCUUCACCUCAACAAUUGAAUUCUUUUGAGGGCCAAGUGGGCCAGCUGUUCCUUUUUGGGGGCGAGGGUUGAUUUAGAGAUUGGCGGUUUUCUGACUAUUGGCGGUUUUCUGACUAUUGGCGGACGAUUUACAGGUCUGCACUAAGGCUUGUAAAAUAAAAAAAGGGCCAAAAAUAUAUUUUUUUAUAGCCAAAAAUAUGCUGACGGUAAAAAGUCGCAAUCGGAAUUUCGUUGAGAGGCUAAAAAAUUGUAAUGAUUACGAAAAAAUGGGAAUGGUUGGCAGCCCUGAGACAGGUUUAGAUGUGGUGUCUGCAAUGUAUGCUCUUCACAGCUUUGUGAUUACAGUGUUGUGUUAAUUGUUGAAGACUUUGUGGGUGAAGUUUUUGACUGUGGGUAGUUGGUGGGUGAUGUGGUGUUGAAUGCUCCUUCUUUCCGGUCAAACAUCUAUCAUCUUAUCUCUCCUCAUUUUCAUUUUCUUUGUAUGUCAUUCUCCAGCAACACUUUUAAUCUCCGACACUCAUAUGACCUAUUUGAAUUUGUGUUGCAAGUGCCUUAAAGCUCUUACUACUAAAACUAUAUUUGGCUGUGGCUGUGUUGCCAUCACUCUCGGACUUCCCUGUUCACGUGGUCAGCUAGCCUGAGUGACCGAUGGGCCGUGUGGCCAGAAGAAGAUAUCACUGACUACUACGACACCGUCAGCUGGGAAGGGUGCUGGUAUCAUUCUUUGAUUCGUUUUACGCAUGAUAGUUUUUUUUAGCUUUGCUCCCCCUGUUCUUUGGUUUUUAAUUUUUGAAGAUAAGUUCGAAUGUUCACUGAAAUCUUUGCUUUGAGUAGUUCUCUAAAGUCUUUAUUUUUGAGUAGAUCUCGAAAGUCUUUACUUUGAGUAAUUGUAAUGGUCAGCAAGAAUAUUGUUACUUUUGUGUUUCUGUUGAAGAUUUUUAUUUCUAGUUGAUCUUGGGGUAUCUUCUGAUGUACCUCCCAUGUUGCUGGGCUUGGAAGGGAAGCAUGCUGUGUCUUUCCAAUUUGAAACUCUUAGGAUUUAACAUGCCUUGCAACGCCAUAAGAUUAUUCAAGAGGCAGGACCUCAAAAUUUAACGUCCAUCUCUGAAUGGACCGAGCCAAACGGUAACAUUUGUAAAUAAGAUAUGAUAACAUUGAUCCAUGUUGAAAUAAUUAUGCUGGUAUAUAUUAUAUGUUUAAUCUUCAGGAUUUGUUUCUCAUUUCCUGUGAGACAGUGUGUGUAUGUGGAUGUGUAUGCAUGUUGUGGCCUGAGAAACUAUUUUGUCCAAAAUGUACUGAAGUAAAGAAGACACAAUAGUUCUGAGGUGAUAAUGUGUGUGUGUGUGUGUGAGCAUGCAUACGUGCGUGCAUGGGCGAAAGUCAUACAGCAUGGAUGUCAGUUUGGUAUUUAUAUCACAUUUGAGUCUACAGAAAUGCCUGUUUUGUGUACAUGGAAUGUAAUGUUUGACAUUGAAGGAUUCUAUGUUCAUGACGAUAUGUGGAAAAUGGAAAUAAAAGUAUGAAAAUAACA